AUGGAAGGCGUGAGAGGCGGUGCGGUAGAGGGAUUUGACUUGACGUCGCAAUUGAUUUCGCAACGCCCCGACGAUCAAGCAAACAUGACCGAACAAUUAAUCCUCAAGGGUACCCUCGAGGGCCACAGCGGAUGGGUUACGUCCCUCGCUACCUCGCUCGAGAACCCAAACAUGCUCCUGUCUGGAUCCCGCGACAAGACCUUGAUCAUCUGGAACUUGACCCGCGACGAGAGCUCCUACGGCUACCCAAAACGCUCUCUGCAUGGUCACUCUCACAUCGUCUCUGACUGCGUCAUCUCCUCUGACGGUGCCUAUGCUCUCUCCGCCUCCUGGGACAAGACUCUCCGUCUGUGGGAGCUCUCUACCGGAACCACCACCCGCCGUUUUGUAGGACACACCAACGACGUUCUCUCCGUUUCCUUCUCCGCCGACAACAGACAAAUCGUUUCCGGCUCGCGCGAUAGAACCAUCAAGCUGUGGAACACUCUUGGUGACUGCAAGUUCACCAUCACCGAGAAGGGACACGCCGACUGGGUCUCAUGCGUUCGAUUCAGCCCAAACCCCCAAAACCCAGUCAUUGUUAGCAGUGGAUGGGACAAGCUUGUGAAGGUCUGGGAACUCUCCUCCUGCAGAUUGCAGACCGAUCACAUCGGACACACUGGCUACAUCAACACCGUCACCAUCUCCCCCGAUGGAUCUCUCUGCGCUUCCGGUGGAAAGGACGGAACCACCAUGUUGUGGGACCUUAACGAAUCAAAGCACCUGUACUCCCUGAACGCCGGUGAUGAGAUCCACGCCCUUGUCUUCUCGCCAAACAGAUAUUGGCUCUGUGCUGCGACGUCGACCUACAUCAUCAUCUUUGACUUGGAGAAGAAGAGCAAGGUUGACGAGCUGAAGCCAGAUUUCCAGUCCGUUGGCAAGAAGAGCAGAGAGCCAGAGUGUGUUAGCUUGGCGUGGAGCGCGGACGGUCAGACCCUUUUCGCUGGUUACACUGACAACAUCAUUCGGGCUUGGGGUGUUAUGUCGAGGGCAUAA